AUAAAUACGAUAGAAGCAAUUUCAUUUUUUUUUCUAUUAUUUAAAUAUCGUAUUAUAUAUAUUUUGGUUCUUUGUAAAUAUUUUAAAAAAAAAUGUCGUUGCCAUCACCAUCAGAUAUCAUUGCAAACACAACUACGAACACAACAACGACCUCUACUCCAUCUACAUCAUCUACAUCACCUUCAACAUCCAAUACAAAUAAUGAUAGUGGACUAUUAAGUACUGCAGAUUUAACAUCAAGUAGAACACCAACAAAUUUUAAACAAAAAGCACAAAGAAAUGUUACAGAUUCAUUUUCAACAUUUUUACACUUCUUUAAUGGAGAACUAUUAAGUGUUGGAGAUAUGGAAUUAGAGUUUAGAAAAAUUGAAGAUAAACUAAAGAUAAACUUGGAUGAUUACUUGGGACCAAAUAACGCAUCAAAAGAACAAAUUUCUUCAGGGAAAUUUAAAAUUAAGGGUGAAGAAUAUGUUAUUACAAAAGAAAUUCAAAAUUUUACAUUGGAAUUAAGUUCACUUUUAAACCUAAACGAAUUAUCAACAUUUAUCUUAAUUAUUAAAUAUAUUGAAAAUAUCAAACCAUUAGAAUUUGACAAAUCAGAAUUGGUUGACUUAUUCGAUUAUUAUUAUACAGAAAGAGGUUCAUUAUUACAAAUCUUGGGAGAAAUUGUUACUAAGGUAUUCGCAAAUUCAGAAUAUAGUACAUUUUUAACAGAUUUUAUUAGACAAAACAGUGAUACUAUCGAAACAAGUUUACUAUCACAUUUAAUACCACUUUAUAAUUUUUCAAUACCUUUAAAUUUAAAAGAGUUACAACAAUUUUAUUGUUUAAAAACUAUUAAAGAACAGUUAUCAAUUGUCGAAACAUUAUUUUUAUAUAAUUAUUUUAAAAUGAAGUACGAAGAGAACAAUAAUACAAUUAGAACCAAACAUUUAUUAACAAUUUUAAAAAAGAUAAAUGAACUUCAAAUUGGCGUACACUCUGAUCAAUUAAUUUAUAUACUAAACUCAACAUUCUCCUCUAAGAAUAGCGAACCCAUCCAAUUAUUAAAAAGAAUUGAAUAUGUUUCAGUUAUGUUGGUAUUUUGUAAUAAUAAAUUUAAAUAUAGCCAGGAGUCAUUACAACAAAGCGAACAAGAAAUACUCAAUACCCUCAAAUCAUUAUCACAAUCAAUUCAUUUCAAUUCACCUUUAGCAACAUGUUUAUUAUUUACAAUUAUCAAUUUAUUCCUAUCAUCAAUAACCCACAAUUUUGAACAAAUUAAUAGAUCACUCCAACCAUUAUUCCAAAAAGCACAAAUAUUUGAUCCAGUCGAAUAUCUUUCAAAUUGUUUAUUAACAGGUUUUAAUGAUAGUGCUUAUUUGGCAGGUUAUUGUGAUUGUAUAAAUAUAUUUUUAAAUAGACUCUGUGAAUUGUCAAAUCUUUCAGAUAUGGACAGUGAACGUUGUAAUGGAAUCAUUGAUAUUUAUUGUUUAACUCUAGAAAAAGGUGGAAAAGGCUUAUUAGAAACCUUUUGGGCCAAUAGAGGUAAUGAUCCAAUAUAUCAAUUUUGUAAAACUGAAGAAAGUUUAUCUCGAGAUUCAUCAAAAAUUAUUUCAAUUCUUAAAUCAGUGAUUGUUGACGAAAGAUCAUCAGGAUUAGUAUUUAGCGAAUUAUCAGAAAUUAGAAUUUUCGGGAACAGAGUUGUCAUUAGCAGAAACGAUUUUGAUAGAAUGAAAAAUUGGAUGGAGGGUGAAAAUUGGGAAAAUAAUAGAGUUGCAGUUAGUAUAAAAAGAGCAUUCCAAGCACCAAUUAAAUUAUAUAAAGAACAAAACAAAUCAUUUAUUAUGAAAGGUGAUGGAACUGUUGAAGUUUUCGAUUCUCUUCACGAUUCAAUCUUAGAUUUAAUUGCAGAUUCAAGCUAUACUCAAGCUCAAUAUAUACAACAACAAACCAUGUACUUUGAUCAAGAAUCUUUUAAAGCCUAUAUUGUUGUUUUGGACUUGAUAUCCAAAUUCGUUAAAUUUUCUCCAAAUAUUUCAACAUAUUUCUGGAAGAUAUUCCAAGAAAACCAAAUUUUACAAAGUAUCAUUCAAGUCUAUAGUAGAUCAUGUAAUCAACAAAACUACAAUGCAUCAUUGUCACAAUCCACCAGUCUUUCAAAUUCAUACGGUUUAAAUCGUAGUAUUAAUAGAGAUGUCAUUGUGGUCGCUAAUAGCAGCAUGUUAUUCACCGAUGUUUUGAAAUCAAUAUUGUCGUUGUUCACAGCCUUCUCUCAAAAUACACCAAUUCCAAUCUUAAAUCUAUUGGUUGAAAAAGGUAUUUGGUCAAGCAACCCCGCUGAUAUGGUAUCAUUAUUCAAAAAAGGCUCAUUCACAUACUUGUACGAAGAAGAAAAAAGAACUUCCUCCACUAUCAAAGCAUCAUCUAGUGCUCCUUCAGCUACCUCAUCACAACCAUCAUCGUUUGCCUUAACUAAAUCAAUAGUAAGGUUAUUUAAUACUUUUAUCAAUCAACUCAAUGGUUUAGAAGAUGUACUUGAUAGACAACUAUAUUUACUGUAUCUAGAAUCAUUUAUCACAUUCCACCUUCAAGUGAUCUCCGAUUACUUUAUACUUAGCGGUAAUAAUAAUCAUUUGGAAGCAUGGGAAAUGAUUGGUGAGAUCUUUUUAGCUUUAGAAAAAAUAUUGUAUAGAUCACAAUGCCACAAUUCAAUAUUAAAGCCAUUGGCAUUCAAAAUUAUUAAUAGCUUUUCAAGUGGAAAUCUUCAAUGCGUCCUUAAAACUCUUUUAGAAAUCGAAACUCUUCAAAUCACAAACAAAGGUGACCGUACAGCUUCCAUCGAUAGCAUUUUAUAUUCAUCACUCAGUUUUUCAAAAGCAAUCCUCUCAACUAUUUAUUUAUCUUUCCUCUUUGAUAAAAAGAAAUAUGAUCAAGAUGAUAUGAAUGAAGAGGUUGCAUAUAAAUCUCAACACUUGGAGAGAAAUAGCUUGGGUUUAACUAAACAAUUCUUGGAUACAUUCUUUAUUAUCAAACAGUCUGAAGUUGGUUAUGCCGAUGUAGAUGGCAGUGGAAAAGGUAGAGCCGAUUUAAACAAUCUCUUUAUCAUUAUUUUCAACUACAUUAACAGUAUGCCCGAUAAUGAAGAAAUUCAAAUAUUAUCUUGCGAAAUUUUAUCCAGUAUCGUUAGAAUCCUCAGAGUCUUAGAAUCUACCUUUUCUAUAUCAACUCUUUUCUCUACUGACGAGCAAUUCUCUUUGAUGAUCGAAAAUUUUACAAAACAAUUUAUUAUUAGCAACAACGAAUCAAUUGAUGUUUGGUCACCACGUUUAAAAACCUAUACCCUCAGAUUAUUAUUGGAAUCAUCAACAUCACAAGUUACAUUUAUCAAUAGAAUUUUAUCAGCCACACCCACUAGCCAAAAAGAUCAACCAACCUCCCCAGAAUCAAAGAAAUCAUUCAUCACCCAACUUUUAUUAAAUAACAAAUCAACCAUUAAAGAAAACAAUGAGUUAUCUUUAAGUCUAUUACAAUUUAUAAAUAAUAUUUAUUUGAACUCAGUUUACUAUGACUCAUUUAUCGACUUUAAAUUAAACAAUAAUCAAGAGUUUUGGUCUUUACUAUUAGAAAUUCAAAAAGGAUUUAACCAAGAUAACGCUCAAUUAUCUAUUGAACAAAUUGUUUACAGGACACUUAAAAUCUCUUGUAGCAUUGAAAUCCUUUCGUUAUCAGUAUUACUCUCUACAAACCAUAGUAAUAAUUUGGUAUCAUCUGCUAUCACUAUGACUAAAUGGCACGAAAUGUAUAGGAAUGGUAAAGAAUUGGAAAAGAUGAUCAAUGGCUUCUUUGAUUAUGUCGAUAUAGAAAAAGUAAGCCCACCAGAAAAAAUUAGAGAUCAUUGGACAACUCACCAUUUACCACCACCUGAAAAACUCCAAAAGUUUGUUGAAAAUGGCCUUUUCCCAAAUACAAAUAAUAGUACACCAUUAGUAGAGUUGUUCAAUAUCGAUAAUAUUGUAGAUAGUUAUAAUUUCGAUAUGUCACAACCAGCACAAGCCCAAUAUAUAUCAUUGUUAAACAACCACAACCGUUUCCAAUUACUUUCAACUUCUUGUCUUUGUUUGAGCCGUUCUUUUUCAAAAUUCUUUAGAGUAGUUCUUCAAAAGGAACCACAAUACUUUAUUGAAUGCGAAACUGACGAAAAAGCAUCGAAUAGUCUUUUACCAUUACUUAAUAUAUUGGUAGAUAAAGCUAUGGGUAUGACCGGUAAUGCCAUUCAAACAUUGGUCACUAGAAAUGAUCUAUUAACGUUCCUUGCCGAAUCAAUUCUAACAGUAUCUCAUCAAUGGUGCAAGUAUAGUCCAGAGAAAUUGGUUAACACAGAUGUACUUAGAAAACUCUCUGUUUUAUUGUCACAAACCUCAAUCGAUUCUUUAGAUCCAACUAUUUGCUAUUUGGUUUUAUCAUCUAUCUUGGUAUUGGUUGAAAACAGUCCACAACAAUCUAUUCAAAUCAAUGUAUUUAAUGAAUUAAUAAAUAUUUUAUCAAGCUUUAUUGGUAAUCCCAAAUCAAGAACCGUUCCAAAUAAUGGUAAUGGUGCUUCAGGUGUUGAUCCUAAUGGUGAUAACAAUGGUAUUAAUGGUGACAUCCUUGGAAAUAGCAAAAUUGAUUCAGAUUCAAAACAUACAAAUAAAAAACCAUUACCAUCCAUUUGCAACCUUUCCAUCACUAUUUUACAAGUACUUAUUGAUCGUUUGGAUGAAAACUCGUUAAUUGCCGCUUUUCCAAACCAUCUCUUAGAAAACCUUUGCAACCUUUUAGAAAGUUCAUUAAACUUAUCAAACAAUAACCAACAACAAGUGGAUUAUAGAAUUUCAACCGCUAUCCUCAAUCUAUUAAUUGGAUUAUGCAAACAGCCAUUGAUUGCUGAAUCAAUACUCGAACAUAGAUUCAUUUGGUUACUGUGCAGCAACUCAUUAAAAUUUUUAGAAAACUCUAAAGAUCCCUACUUACAACAAUUUGAAGACUCUGGAUUAACAUAUCAGCCAUCACAAUAUCAAAACUAUGGAUCAUCAUCAACAUACAAACAACUCCUUUCGAAUCAAUUUGAUCAAAAAAAGAAUAAAUGGCACAAAGUAUGGACCUUAGUAGUUAAAUUUAUGAUUAAUAUUUCCAAACCUUUAGACAGAAGCGAAAGAUUUAUAGAGCAAUUAUCAAACUUUAUAUUUUCACACAAAGAAAGAUUAUUCUAUUAUUUUGAUGAUUUAUCUCGUUCUAACCAAUUUGGUCAAACUCAACAACCACAAUUCUACAGUAAGCUCUGGUUUGAGCAAAUCGAAUACACCACCACAUUGUUUUCAAUUUUUUCGAAAUACACCAAACGUUAUUACCUUCAAAUGGGUAUCUUUAAACAAUUCCUCAGCAUCUCAUAUCGCUUAAUGGUAUCGAUUUCAAAUCAAUGCUCAGAGUUAUCCUUCAUUGAAAAUAACUUUAGACCAAAGACAAAGAACGAAAAGCAUAUCAAUAGUAUUCAAAUUAAAGAAUUUUUAGAACAACAACAGCAAUACGAACAACAAUAUCAAUCUUCACAACAACAGCAACAAUCCACAGGCAGUCAAUCACUUGGUAGUCCAUACAAAUUAUCUACAUCAGCCUCCCAAAAACAAAAAUUACAACAGCAACAACAUCAGCAAAACUACAGCAACAGUAUUUUCAAAUUUAUUAUAGAAUCACUUUACAUCAAUAUUUUGAAUAACUGUUUCACAAUUUUAUUAAAUGUUAAUGAAUAUGUAGAUAAAUCUGAAUUUAUACCACAAUUAACCUUUUAUCCUGAUGUUGCUUCAUUUGGUACAUUUGGACAUAUUUCAAACUAUAUAUUAACAAAAUAUAAUCAAUUUAAUUUAAUUUAUAAAUUAAAUAUCAAUAAUAAUAAUUUAAAUAAUAUCAAUAAUAAUAGUUUAAAUAAUUUAAAUAAUAUAAAUGAUCAAAGCAUUUCAAUUAAUAACAUUGUGGAUUUAAAUAUUUUCAAAGCCAAAGUUAGACAAACUGCUGAAAAAGAUGCAUUACUUUAUAUUUUAUAUUUUAAACAAUUAUUACCAUCAUCAACUUCACAGCAAGAACAAACAAAAGAAUCUCAAAUUACAAGUGCAAUUUCAUCUUUAUUAAACCAAUUUUCAUUAAAAUCAUUGACCCCAAGCAAAUCAUCAUCAACAACUCCAAUAAAAUCAAAAAUCAACAACUAUGAUGAUGGUUCAACAAAUUUAAAUGAAGAGUAUGAUGAUUUUUUCAAUUUCCUCCAAGUUUUAUUAAACAGCAAAUAA